AAUCAAACGCGGUCAUGUGAUGGAGGGGAGGUACCGGGCUGGCGCCCAGCCAGUGGCAGGAGCUGAUGGGUGGAACAAACGGGGCAUAAAAAGACUAAUAUGACUAACGGAUCCUGGCUGCGUGGUACCCUUAUUUGGAUCUACAGGAAUGUGGGCUCUAGCAGUUCUGCGGCUCUACCAGCCUUUUGCCUGACACUGGAACUGCUGCUCACAAAGUAGAAUCCUGCUGCUCUGUGGUAGGAAGGCUAGAGAAAGAACAUGGCCUGCAUUCUGAAGAGAAAGUCUGUUGUUGCUGUGAGUUUCAUUGCAGCAUUCCUCUGUCUGAUCAUCGUUCGUCUCACCAAUGAAGUAACUUUCCCUUUGAUUCUAAACUGCUUUGGACAAACCAGUGUCAAGUGGAUAUCAUUUUCUAACGGCCAAAGGCAGCCUCUGAGAACUCACUAUGGAUAUGUAAACGUGAAGACACAAGAGCCUCUACAACUAGAUUGUGAUCUCUGUGCCAUUGUUUCAAACUCAGGACAGAUGGCUGGCCAGAAGGUGGGAGCUGAGAUAGACAAGUCCUCGUGCAUAUGGAGGAUGAACAAUGCUCCCACAAAGGGCUACGAGGAGGAUGUUGGGAAGAGGACAACCGUAAGAGUGGUCUCUCACACGAGCGUGCCUCUCCUACUCAAGAAUCCCGAGUACUUUUUCAAAGAAACCAACAGCACUGUUUAUGUAAUUUGGGGACCUUUUCGAAACAUGAGGAAGGAUGGAAAUGGCAUUGUGUACAACAUGCUGAAGAGAACUGUUGACAGCUACCCAACUGCCAAAAUCUAUGUGACAACAGAGAAGCGCAUGAGUUACUGUGAUGCAGUGUUCAAGAAGGAGACAGGAAAAGACCGAGUCCAGUCAGGUUCAUAUCUCAGUACGGGUUGGUUUACCUUAAUUUUGGCUAUGGAUGCCUGCUAUGGAAUUCACGUCUAUGGGAUGAUAAAUGACACCUACUGCAAGUCAGAAGGCUUUCGUAAAGUUCCCUACCACUAUUACGAGCCAGGAAGAGAUGAGUGUGAGGAAUACUACCUGCAUGAAAAUGCUCCAUAUGGAGGCCAUAGGUUUAUCACGGAAAAGAAAGUAUUUGCUAGAUGGGCCAAGAAACACUCAAUAGUAUUUACACACCCCAACUGGACAGUGUCUUGAUAGUGGUUUUCUUAACUCUCCCUUAAUAGCAUAAUAUUACAAAAAUGUCUCAGUUUACAAUAAUUCUGCUUACAUCUGGCAGGCCUUUCUCAGCCUAAGUAACGCUAAACUAAAAAGUAGAAGACAAAGAAGGUGAUGGUUCAGUAAGCAAAAUUGAUCAAACUGUGGAAGGCAGACACAUGGCUUGUUAUUUCUUAGGGUUUUACUCCACAUAAUGCACUUUAUACUUUAACUGGAUUUUACUUCAGUAGUUAAAGGCGGAUGAGAUUUCCUGUAUAUACAGGUGCACACAGGGAACAUGGUGGUUCUUUAAAACUUAUUCAGUAUCUUAGUUAAUUAAAAUUUGUAUUUGCAACUCAUUUGCAGUACUGAUAGUAUUGCAGCACUAGUUCCAUUUGCAGUAUGGAGAAUAUUCCACAAAGGAAAUAUGAAGAAAUAUACAGACCUCCAAGGUCUGCUUGUCUUAUUAUGAGUAAGCAAAUGUUAGGAAACCACCUAAAUACAUUGAUACAUGUGAGCACUUGCAUAUGCGGUAAAAUUAGAGAUGAGCUAGACGUGGUUCUUGAACUGCACACAACUUUCCACAUUUUUUUCCAGCAACACUGGACUUAGCAAAGACUGUGUGCUGCAGCCCACACCAAACCUUUGCCUGUUGUAACUAUCCUGCUGUCAGGAUCCAGGUGUGUUAAGGUUGGCACAUGAACAUCUCCAGUUGUGCCUUUGAGUUGCUCCAACAUCCAAAUACUCGUAUUUUGACAGUAUUGCCUUUGCAGCCAUAACAACAAUUCCUCUCUCCACUUCUCCAUCUUUAAAAAUGGGGACAGUAUCUAUCUACCUCACAAGGGAAUUGUGAGGAUUAAUUUAAGUCCAUAAAGCACGUUGCUGAUAAAGAAUGCUACGGCAUUUAUUCUUAACACAAAAGCAAUGGUACCUGUCAUUUAUUCUUGUCUGUUGGGUAUUUGAAGAAAGUGAUGGCAUGUCUGGAUAUGAUGGCAGAUUACUCUGUGUGUCCUCGUUCCUACUGAGGAUAAUUUGUAAUAGUUCCCUCAGCUUGCAUUGCUUCAAAUGGAGUUGAAAGAACUAACCACCUCCCAGUGUUAUCUACACAUCAAGAAGCAGUUCAAGAAUUUUAAAAUAUACUCAUCUCUAGUUGAAAUAUGUGUUUCCAAGCUUAUUCUCAUGGAAAGUUUUCAAGAGCAGCAGACUCAUUCUUAAUAUGACCAUAAUUCAACUAAGCAUGUGAGUUUUAUUUAAACUGUAUUUAAAUUAAUGCUUUAAGUUUAGAAUGUGUCCUAAGAAUAUUUUAACAUCUGGAAUGUCAGAUUCAACACUGUAAUAGCCAAUACUGUGAACACUUGAAAGAGUUAUGUGUGGAACAUGACACACAGGGUUUACUCAUGCUACUUUAACAUUAAACAAUAGGAAACUUUGUAUGCUUUUGUAAAUCAUAAAAAGGGGAAGUAAAAAAGAUAUUUUUACAUGUAAGUAUUUGUAUACUAUUUCCUAUUGUAUAUUUGUACAUAUAAAUCUAUAUUUUAUAUGCUCAUAGCAUAUAUAUAUAUAUUCUCAUCAUCAGCUGCAACUCUUAUAGGAUGGGGACAAAAACUCUUUACCAGUGUUACUCCUCCUGGUCAUUGGUUUCCUGUUCCUGUUGGUAGGUGAUACUAGGGUAUAAUCUCUCUUGCCCUUUGUAUUGUCUACUGUAAAUGCAGCUUUCUGAUUUUAUUUUUAAUAUAGCUCAGCUUUCACUGCUUACUUUAGUGCUUUAAGUGUUCAUGCUGGUUAGACAAAGGCUGGGGCCAUUCCUAUGAUCAUGGAUGAAUACCUAUAUUGAAAUACAGGCUCUGUUCCACAUUCGUGUGACUUGAUAUCUCACCUUCCUGCUUGGAGAAAGAGAACAAUAAUACUUUCCUACUCCCUGUCUUGACUGACUUUCUUUUAAGCUCUUGAGACAGAUAUUCUCAUUUGCAAUGUAUUUGUAUAGUGCCUUGCAGAAGAGGUGCCCAACAUAUCCGAAGGCUACAGGCAAUGUACAAGCAAUAUUUUUAAACUGGCUGUUUCUUGUCCCUGGAGUUUACAAUCAAUCGUAGGCUAAUACAGCAUGGGAUGAAAUCCAGAGGGGAAAGGGUCAUGGAUGCAUGAAGGGUUGUAGUAGCAAAAGACUGUGAGCUAGAUUUAUUGCUAUAUGCAUAUUCAUCUUUUCAGUUUAGAUGGAUGGCUGGAUAGACAGAAAGCUAAUAAGGAAAUUGUAAUGAAGGAUUUGAAGAAUGCAGGGCACACAGAAAAAGGGACAAUGUUCCACAUAUUUUGUACAGGGAAACAUAGGACAACCUAUAGCUCCCCUGUGAGAAGAGGAGGUGAAAAAGAGAAUAUCAGUUAAAUUGAUCUUGUGUUUAGAAGGUAUUUGGGUUAAGAGAAAGUUACAAUGAAAGUGCUGCACACAAAAGUGCAGUUGGGCUUGGACCCAUGAGAAAUGUUCUUACAAAGCAUAGACUUUAUCCCAGCAAGCACAGCAUCAGGAUUCAGCCUGAGUUGUGUUUGCAUGCAAGACCAUUUUUAAGCCUGAGAAUUUUUUUUAAGAUAAUUAAGGCAUGCCAAACUACCAUGAAUGUGUUGUAAAAUAUGUGCUUCAUCAUGCAGCUCUUUGUAGAGUGCUUGCAUGCUGUAUGAAACAAUAUCUCGUGCUAUGGCUAGCUAAGAAAUAUGUAGCUCUAAGAACAGCUAAAUGUACAGCAAAAAUGAGAAUGUCAUUAAGAGUGCAGUUGUCACAGAGCAAAAGUAAAAGUGUUGCUCUCUUUUUGUAGAGGGGCUUGGAUGUGCAGUGAGAUCCACUUUUAGAAACAUUGCAGCAGACUUCAUUCACAGUAGAGUAAAUGAACAUCAGUUCCCUUAUUUAAAUGAGACUGUCUUUAGCAUAAACUAAACAUAUUUGCAUGAUUUUUAUUAUAUGAGUAAGGAACUGUGACCGCUGUGUUAAAGAUAAUUCUACAAAGAAAUGACUUUGUAGGAAUUUGUUAAAAAUCAGCAUUGUGGUACUGAAGAAAAAAAAUUCAAUGCUUGGCUGUGCAGUAAGAAACCUUGAUGAUUCACCUUCUGAGAGCAGUUAAGACAUCAGUUGAGAAUCAUUUAUUAAUUCUUUGAAAUAAAGCCUACUACAGUUUACCUGAAUGUAAUCAGAUCCUAAUUGCUUAUUCAUUCAGGCAGUCCUAUUUUAAUCAACUAGUUAUGUGUAUAAAACAAGCAAGGAGUUUACCAUGGGUUUUCAAAAUAGAUCUUCCCAUUGCUGCUAAUAGAGGGAUACUUACAGAUGAUUUGGCUUUUUUUCCCCAUCAGUCAGCUAAGUAGUCAUCAAAUAUUUCUUUUGUAAUUUAGUUGGUUGUUGAAAAGACACUUUUAAAAAUAUACAUUUUUGGCUUGCCAUAGCCUUAGUUUUGAUAAAAGUUUAAAUUUUAAUAUACUUUCUGUUGCAGUACCUUCUGAUUUAUAUUUUUCCAGGAAAAAAAAAAAAAGAGAUCUUAAAUAAGAGCAGAAUUUUUCUAAAUCUUUUUGACUAGCUAAUUACCAAUUCACAGUUAAUUAACUGAAUAAUGAAAAAAAUUAUUUUUGUUUUCCAAACAGAUACAGCAGACACGAUCCCAACCUUCUCAUUCCCCCCAGAUGUCCAGAUUACUUCCCUCUUAUACCAUGGCCUCUUCACAGAAAGAAAGCAGUAGUGUAUGUAUCCAGCCAAAUUCCCUUCCCAUCUGGGCUGGGAGGCUCCAUCUGCAGACUGCUUGUAUCAGUUACAGCAGUAAGCAGGAAGGGCUGAGGAAGAGUUCUACUGAGGAGCAGAUGGUGUUCCAACUUCUAAAAAAUGUCCCUAAAAUGUUUGAGGAGUGGAGUACCAUUGAUCUCUCCUGCAAAUACUUUCCCAAAUACUCUGUUUCUUAGUGUGCCAUUAGCUCCUAUCUAGAUAUGUUGUUCUACUUCCCACUGCUGAUUACCAGUGAAGAGAAAAUGUCUUUUGCAGGCAAAGGCAAAGGCAAAUCCCAUGUUGUCAAAGAUGUCUAUAUAAGCACCACCAGGGAGGAAGAAGUCAGCCUGGCACAACUUGAGUUAUGUGUAGAGGACCAACUUCUACAGAUUUAGGAAUUUCUGAGGACUCAAUUCAAAAGUAAUGGAAAUCACUUUGGCAAGUUCAGACCGUGAGUAGAGCAACCAUCCCAGUAAAAUUUUUGCACUCCAGGGUACUGAGGUAAGCAGAGUUUUGUCUGAGAAGCACCAUGUGCACAUAAUGCAUUGCAUAGUUGAUGAUGUUAAAGAGGAGCCCAUCCAACACAAGGAGGGCUGAUGCAGGCAGUGCUCAGUCACGUGGUAAUGGUCCAGACAAAAGUAGGGCCCGACACAAAGAAAACUGGCAACAGAAUACAAAUGCUCAACCAGAGGACAUGUCCAGGUAAGUACAAAUUAAAUAAGUAAUCACUCACGAAUUAUAUCUGGAUGGUGUUCGUAGCAAGUAGAAAAUCAGAAGCACUUCCCAAAUAGAUGCUUAAAUGUUGCUGACAAUAUUUUUCUGCACGUAUCAUAGAGCACAUGUUGUUAGUGGUGCUUGAGCAAGUCUGAGGCUUGUUUAUGAGAAACCUUAGGGGUAGCCUUAGGAGGGAAACUUGGUGUCAGUGCUAAAGGAUCACACAGGAGCUGUCUGGGGGCAUUUCUAUGUACCACAUACAUCGGAGAAUCGUGUAUUUACUAAAAAGGGCUGUUUCUCCUGACUAGGUAUAAUUAGCUCUUUUUGAGCAGAAAGUGUUUCAUUUUCAGCAGAUGUGUCUCAUUCUGUUCCUUCUUUCCUGGGAGGAUGCGGAGGAAUGUGACUUAACCAUGGGGGAGUGAAGAAUGAUAUGGUGAAUAAAUAGCCAGCUACCAGGUUCAUAUGUAUUUCUCUGUCUGUUGUUGUGACAUACAGCUAAUGACAAAGCAAAAAAACAAGCUUUUUGUAAGCUUUGUAUUGCAUAACCCACAAAAGUCUCAUGUGUGUGGUCUGCGCUGGAGUCUCAGGCAAACCCUCCAGAAAGAGGCUGAAGGAGAAAGAGGCAGUCUCUCCCAAGUGAAAGGGAAGGCUUCUGUGUAAUGUGUGGCAUCCCAGGACCCACUCCUCAGCUUUUGUAGGCUCAUGUAGCCUCAGCUUUGGGUCCUUUCCAACCCUGUUAAAAUAUGUAUAUUCUCCAGCUGACUUACACAGCCCCUGAGCUGCACAAAAUCUGCCCCGUUCCCUUCCUUGGGUGGGGCCAGGGGACUGCUGAUGCUGCACCAGGGCUGAGGAGCAACAGGCAGGGACACUGAAGUCAGCAGUGACCUCACUGGGGGCACAGUCUCACCUCAGGUGCUGAACAGUUUUUUGAAUGAGGUGUGAAAGAGCUCACUGGGGUUUGGUUAUUUAUUUAUUUUUUUUAAGGUUAACUCACAAAGAAUCACCAUUUUAUGGGUGUCUAAAACAGCUGAUUUCACAUCUUUUUUUUGCAUUGCUUGCUGCUAUUUCUGGGACUUCAUGAAGAUAUGCAGCUGUCAGCAUCUGCCACUGAUUUACUGGCCAUAAAGAGAUUGUAAACUUGAACUAAUGCAUGUUCUAACCAUGUAUUAUGCAUGAUAGCAUGUUAUAUAUUUUAUUCUAACACUGUAAUAAAUAAUGUAAGUUGUGUGUAGAUGUAGUUUAAGUAGCAGAAGUAGUGCUUUUUCUUACUUUCAUAUCAUGUGUUGUCCAGAGCACUUUGCUGGAGCUCUGUGAGUGCCAUUAGCAGCUGGCAGCAUAGAAAUUGUUGAAACCAGUCAGGAAGUAUUUACUAAACUUGACAUUUUUCAUUAGAAUAUCAGAAAUAGUUAAACUUGUUUUCAUGAACCUACUUCAGUGCUCACAGUCACAAUUUUGUGUCCUGUUAUAAGGAAAACUUCACAAGUGUAAGAGAAUGACUUCAUUGACACAGGUAGUGUUGAGAUGCUGGCAGGGCAGCAGUCACAAGUUUUGAUAUCUGUGGCAUCUCUUUAAUGGGAAUUGCACAUGUAGAAGAGUAGCAAAGAUGCCAGCAGCUUUUUCAUAUUGUUGCUGCUGAAAAUAGUAUUUCUGAGGAUGGCUGGAGCAAAAAAUUGGGUGCUCACUGCUCUUUUGGCAGUUAAUCUGUCCCCUCCUCACACACAGACUCUCACACACAUCUGCAAACAUGAAGAGUGCCUACAGGGAAAGCCUUUUUUUCCAGAUAGUGGCAAGUCAGAACAAAGAAGACUAAUCUCUUAUGUGGCAAACAUAGGCUGUAGUACUUGUUGAUUCAUGUUUGUUCUGUAUGUUUUUGGAGCCUGUGUCUACAUUAGUGAGAAAUGAGCUCAGCUGGAUCAGCUCUGUAGCCUGAAACUGUUAGUGCUAAGUACUUGAUAACCACACCAUACACAGUCUCUAGUUUGGUCCCGUGGGCUGAAUGCGACAUCUUUUAGUUUUAUCAGAAAGGAAUCAAGUCCGUGGCCUGAGGAACGCUCCAUCAUGCAAUACAAACCUUGUUGAAUGGGGCUACUAUAAUGGUCUGCCCCUUAGGAAAGUGAAAUUUCUUUUAGCCCAUCUUUUGGAUAAAUAGAAGCCCUUUGGGUUUUACUUAUUUAUUUUUCCACAGUCUUUCCAUGAGUUCCCUCUUUUCAUAGGUAUUUUUCUUUCAAGUAUGAGAUCUGGUCCCUUCUGUCAGGUUAUGGGAGAUGAAAGCUCUUGAUUCCUCCUAAAAUGGCAUCCAAAUGUGGUGUAGGACCAUGUAAUCCAGUAUGGGAGCAACAUGGAAAGUUUGAUGAAGAGUUAAUCGUGAUUCCACUUGUGGAUGUGGUUUUAGCAUGAACAUGUUGAAUGCUUGCUAAUGUAUCCAUUGUUUUUUAUAUACAGCACCCCAUUCAAAAUUCCCUUCAUCAUUUUUCCAGGGUAUUUUUUGUUGUUGUGGUCUUCCAGUUAUAUCUGUAUAUGUGUGCACAUGUGCGUGUAUAUACAGUAUACAAUCCUUUUUCUGUUCUUAUACAGUUGCUACUAUAUGCUUCUAGGAAAAUGAUGUAGAAAGUUCGUGUUAUGCUACUUAUUACAUGUAUUCUUUGGUUGCCUUUUUGUAAUGCUGAACAGUGUAUUCAUAGCAGAUAUCAUUGUAGACUUAGAAAACUUUCAUGCAAUUUAUUUUAGAUGUUUUGCCAUGUGCUACAUGCUACUUAGUUUUUGCUCUCACUUGGAGAAUGUGCUUCUAUGUACUUGCUAAAUUGUGCCUGGGAUAUUUUAAAAAUAUGAAUAAAUGUAUACAAUUUUCCAAUA